AUGUCGGACUCGGACACUUUCCACAUCAACACUCCGCUGCUGGAGAGCUUAGAGCUGUCCAAGAGGGCCGGGACCACCGUCUUUCUCAAGAUGGACAACGGCCAGCCGUCCGGAUCCUUCAAAAUCCGGGGCAUCGGACACCUCUGCCAAAAGAUUGCAGGUCCAGGGUCUAAAGGUGUCGUCUGUUCCUCGUGUGGCAACGCAGGUAUGGCCACAGCCUAUGCAGCCAAGAAACUUCAUAUCCCAGCAACCAUCAUUGUACCAGCCUCCACUCCUGAGCUGAUGAUCCAGAAGCUGAAGGACCUGGGUGCUACAGUCAAAGUGAUGGGCAAGGUGUGGGAUGAGGCCAACACCGAGGCUUUGCAAGUGGCCAGAACAGAGGGCCUUACCUUUGUCCCCCCGUUUGACCACCCCCUGCUUUGGGAGGGUCAUGCCAGCAUGAUAAGGGAGAUCAAGGCCUCCCUACCCUGUAAACCUGGGGCAGUCGUGGUUGCUGUUGGUGGAGGAGGGCUCCUCUGCGGGGUGGUGGAAGGUCUGAAGGAGGUGGGCUGGAAUGACGUGCCCAUUAUUGCUAUGGAGACACAAGGUGCAAACUGUCUGAAUGCAGCCAUCAAUGCGGGGAAACCAGUUACCCUCGCUGACAUCACAAGUGAGGCCAAGUGUCUUGGAGCCAAGACUGUGUGUAUGCAGGCCUUUGAGUACACCAAGGAGGGCAACAUCAUCUCAGAGGUGGUGACAGACCUGGAGGCCCUGCAGUCGGUGGAACUUUUCCUGGAUGAUGAGCGAGUGCUGGUUGAGAUGGCUUGUGGUGCCGCCCUGGCGGCCGUGUACAGCGGGGUGAUCCAGAGGCUGCAGGAUCAGGGUCGCUUGCCUCGCCAACUGGGGCCCCUGGUGGUGGUAGUGUGUGGAGGCAGCGGCAUCAACCUGAGCCAGCUGGAACACCUGCAGAACAAGCUGCGCAUCUGAACCGGAGCCUUGCCCAUG